AUGGACCUUGCUGCUCUUCACGCAGAGAACAAGGACCUCAAGCGCAAGACCAAAGAACUUGAAGUGCCUCAAGUGCUGAUAGUUGGCGCCGCAACCAUUGAAGCUGAAUUAUUGACGACUCAACCGCAAGUCUGCGAGAGUCAUCAGCUGUUCAACGCUCAGUUUUGUGACAAGCUGAACAAGCACAUUGAUAAGUACGUCAAAAUUGUUGAGGAGCAGCAGCAUCAGACUUCGACGGUUCUGCAGCACACCCAGGACCUUAUCAAAGAGAAAUUUGUUGAGACCACGCACGCCGUCUGUCGCAUUAUCAACAUGCUGGGCAAUGGCUUGGGCGCUCACGCAAUCUGCAGCAAGGAGACUGUGCACAAGUGGAUGGAUGGUAAAAAACUUUGCCAUGGAGAGAUGCGCAAGGCGCAGAGGGAGCUUUGCAAGGCCAAGGUGGAGAAGCGCCACCGAGAGAAGAGCCACCAAGAGAGGUUGGCACUUUGCAAGAUCAAGGAGGUAGACGCGAUCGGCGCCCAAGUCCUGCGCAAGGUUUCGCACUUCACCACGUUUCUCCAAGGACUUGAGGAGCAGAUCGGCCACUGA